AUCUAACCGAUUGGAUUAGAAAAGCCCGGCCUUCCAGAGAUGGAUCUGUGCCUCAGUUUACUUAUCAGGUGUUCUUCAUGAAGAAGUUGUGGACAAAUACUGUUCCGGGAAAAGAUAGAAAUGCAGACCUUAUAUUCCAUUACCAUCAGGAAUUACCAAAACUUUUAAGAGGAUAUCAUAAGUGCACUAAAGAAGAUGCCGUAAAAUUAGCGGCACUUAUACUUAGAGUUAGGUUCGGCGAAAGCAAAGCUGAAUUACAAGCCAUUCCGAAUCUAUUACACGAAUUAAUACCCAUAGAUGUGAUUAAAAUACAGAAUCCCAAUGAAUGGAAAAAGGCAAUUAUAACUGCACACAAUCAAGAGAAUGGCGUGAACUGCGAAAACGCUAAAAUUUCAUUCCUCAAGUUUGUAUAUAAAUGGCCGACAUUUGGAUCAGCCUUUUUCGAAGUGAAGCAAAACGGCGACACAAACUUUCCGGAACACCUUCUUAUAGCCAUCAACAAGAAUGGUGUGAGUCUUAUAGAUCCGGUGACCAAAGAGAUUCUUGUGACCCAUCCAUUCACGAGGAUAUCUAACUGGAGUAGUGGUAACACAUACUUUCAUAUGACAAUCGGUAAUCUGGUUCGCGGCAGUAAACUAUUGUGCGAAACACCACUCGGCUAUAAAAUGGAUGAUUUGUUGACAUCGUAUAUAAGUCUAAUGUUAAGCAAUAUUAACAAACAAAAAGUGUUAACGAAUACAAGGAUUAAAUGAAUUCAAAAUUGUUCACAACUGUUGUCUCAAUUCUAAUCACAAAGUGAUAUAUUUUCUUAUUUAUUUCUAUUCUUAAUAUUUGUCUAAUGAUUGAAUGGAGGG